CCUCUUGAGUAUAACUUCUAUCCUCGAUCCUGGAUUCUGCCAGAAGAAUUUCCCCUCUUUGUGGCUGAGUGCGUUCUUGUAUUCUACAGUAUCCUCUGCUUGGAAAAGUGAGAGAAAAAGGUAUGGACUUUAAUAGACUUCUGUACUCUGUGUUACUUUUAAGAUAAUUACCAUAUCCACAAUCCGAUUAAAUCCAUGAACAUCUUUUAAUAUAUACUCUUCAAGUGUGCUGGGCCACGGCCAUGGCACUGCUAGCAACAGUAAAAAUGAAUAAAAUUCCAACAGUACUUCAGCCUUAUUGCUUUAGAUGUAAGACUGAUUUGUAAAAGGAGCGUAAAUUAUCCAGCCAGGUUAGCAAUGACAGGUAGAUAACGGCAAAUAACGGGAAGUAAACUUUCCAAGUGGUGCGCUGGGGUUCUAGCGAUGACUCCUUGGGGAAUGGUGCCUGUCUCGGUUGCAAAGCACCGAUUAACUGAGCAGCGUGUAGCGAUGUGGUGGGUACAUCAGGUUAAAUGCAGAGACCUGCACGCUGUCAGCAGGUGGCACUGCAAAUAAAUACUUUUCUCUGGUUGAACGGUUACUGGAGUGAAAAUGAUUCGGUUUUUGUUCCAAGAAUAACAGAUGUCCAGUAACACACUCCUAGGAGUUUCCUUUGCAUAUGUUCUUCCAUCUGUGUUUGAGAAAAGCAUAGUUUUUGUUAUCAAACAUUAUAUUUUAUGUUGUAAGAGUUUAUGUUCUACUUAAGACAAGUUUGUAAUGUAACCCUCCCAAAACAAGAAAAAAUACAAAAUGAAAAAUUCCAAAUCCACUGUGAACCAUAAAUGGUUCAGAACAGUCUUCACUUGCAGUUUCAUGAGUUCUCAGUAGGAGCUCUCCAGUCUCUUCUGUUGUUUGUUUGUUCAUAGGUGGUUUUGUUUGCUUUACAACCAAGGGACCCUAAUGCUGUCGGAAAUGUCAACUCUCAGACUGAAUUUUCAGCUUAUUGUCAAGCAAGUACGAUACAGCAUUGGUGGUGCCUGCAUGUUAGCCAUACCCCUAUAGGAACUGGCAUACGCUUGAAUACGUGAAUGCCAUGUGCGCAUUUACCUGAGCAAAAGAAGAUUUAGCCCUCUCUGAUACUUCUGGAAGUAAAGCUGUAUGGUCAUGGGCUGCAGCUACUGAGCGUGCAGCCCUAGAUGUGUCAUGCUGAAAUGCUUGUUGCUAUUCUUUCGCUGCUAGUAGUGUUCACGUCCUUUAGGGCAUAGUUAAUUACGAAAAGUCACAAAUUCUGAGUCAGUGUAGGUAUAGGUUAGACAGGAGAAGAUUGUUUGGUGCUGUUUGUAGUAUAGGAUUUUGUUGCAAAGGACUGGGCUGAGAAAUGAACACCUAUGAGAUUUUAUGCCUGAAAUAGAAAUGACUACAGAAAGAAGAAACUCCGUGAGAAUUUCAAGCUCGCUGCCUUCUCCUGAAGCGCUACAAUAUUUCAGUAACAAUUUCUCUCUCAAAUAUUCUUACCGUGCCUCACUUAUAGAUGUAAUUAUGAACUUUUAGUAUACGUUUGUAUCAAUAACUAAAUCAAAUGCUGUUACCUUUUCUCACUUUACCCCAUCCCUAAAUCCAGGUAGAAAGCACUGCAGCUUAUCUAAUAUUAAUUAGCCAGUAAUUGGCGGGAGAGCUGUGCUCCUAAGUUUGUUGGGAAUGACCUUUAUAUUGGGAAAUAUCAACAAAAUGGUAGUUCCCUUAGUGUCAUUUGUAUUAAACUGAAAUGGUGAUAGGUAUUUUUAACAAGGGCUUAAAAGUUAAUUUUACGAAGUAAAUAUAUAUUUACCUAUUUUCAACAUUCACCUAUUUUUUUGCCUUCUAAAACAUUCUGUAUUAAUGUGUCACCGUAACAGAAGAUGGUAAGGAAAUAUCUCAGGUGCUACAGUAAUCACCCCUUCACUAACGGAGAAGAAUCUGUUGGAAUGUGUGUGAUAAGAACUUAUUUCUGAUAGGAAAAUUCCAAUUUCUGAAAAACAACUAGCUUGGGACUCAAACCAGAGCCUUGAUUGCUCUCAUACUCUUUUUGUUGUCUGUGAGGAUGAUGAAUAGGCCUAGUAUGUUUAUUUUUUAAUAAGAUUUAAUUUGGACAGUUUAAUUUCCAUCACAGCAUAUAUUUUUGGUGGUUUAAUCAGAUUUUCAGCUUUUGGAUACCUCUUCGGCAUGGACAUGAAUAUUCUAGUCUUUGUGCUGUCAAGUCUUUUAGCCCAUUAUAUGUGUUUUUUUCAGAACGCUAUAUUCAUUCAGCCUGUGUUUCCUCAUGAAAGGGAAACCCACAACUGAAUCAGAUUUUCAUACCAGUAGACAUCCUAGUCUCCUCUUGCUGUUGACCGUAAAUGGUUAACAUGUUUUUAAAGAUAAUAUCCUUCUGUCAGGCUAAGUACACAGAAAUAUCUCAUAUGAACUAACUUCCUUACGUGACUGACUUUUCUAAGUCUGGACAAGCCUCCUUGUAAUGAGAAUUUGAAAGCUGUAGUUGAGGGGGUUGUGGAGAAUUUGAAGAUAACUGUCAGGAAUUUCCUUGAAGAUCAAGAAACCAUCUGCUUUCUUCAAGACAGUCAAGCUGCUGAAAAACAGGCUGACUCUGGAUUACUGUUCCCCCUUUCCCCACCGUUGUGUCUUCAUCUGCCAUGUGUAAGUUUUGAUGGACUAGAAGGCCUGAAUAAUAUCCAGGCCUUCUGGUCCAUCAGAAAAUGGACUAGCAAGUGAUGGAGAAAAUUAUUUCCUUUCCAGCUAAAUGGAAGGAGUUAAGUGGGAGAUCUAUGAGGCCAGUGAUUGUUGAAAGGCAGGCCUUCAAAAGCAGGUUGCUGCUGCAUCUUUAACAAUAGUCCCCAGAAAGCAUUAUCUUUUUUGAAAAGGUGCUGCUGUAGCAGAGCAGAAGGAGCCUGAGGCGUGAACAACAGACAUGGGAACGGGAGGCAGAUUGCCCCGGCUGGUUUCACAGAGGUUCUUUAUUACUUUCUGCCCCAGUAGAUCAUGACUGGCGCUUCGUACGUGCAACUGCAGUCAUAGUAAGGUCUGCUGAUCUACUUGGACCUAUGUAUUAAUGCACCGUUUAUGUAAACCUGAUCUCCACUGUGGCGUUUUAUCCGUCAAAGUGACCUAUUUUGAAGAAGGAUCUUUCACUGAGUUCGGAUGAUGAAAGACAGCGAUCCAUCCUGGAAGCCCACUUUUAUUGUAAAACCUGAUGGAGGGUGCCAGGGGGAUGGAAUCUACCUCAUUAAAGACCCAAGUGACAUCAGACUGACAGGAAGCGUACAGAGCCGGCUGGCUGUGGUCCAGGAAUAUAUUUGCAAACCACUGCUUGUCGACAAACUGAAAUUUGAUAUUCGUCUUUAUGUCUUACUGAAAUCUUUAGAACCCUUAGAGAUUUAUAUAGCCAAAGAUGGACUUUCUAGAUUUUGUACAGAGCCCUAUCAAGAACCCACUCUAAAAAAUUUGCACCAGGUUUUUAUGCACUUAACCAACUAUUCACUAAACAUCCAUAGUGGGAAUUUCAUCCAUUCUGACAGCGUAAACACUGGCAGCAAGAGGACUUUUUCAAGCAUUCUGUGCAGACUGUCUUCCAGAGGAGCUGAUGUCAAAAAGCUGUGGUCAGAUAUAAUUGCACUGGUGAUUAAAACAAUUAUUGCACUGACACCAGAACUGAAAGUUUACUAUCAGUCUGACAUACCAGCAGGAAAGCCUGGGCCAACUUGCUUCCAGAUUCUAGGGUUUGACAUUCUCCUGAUGAAAAACUUGAAGCCCAUGUUACUAGAAGUAAAUGCAAACCCCAGCAUGAGAAUAGAACAUGAGCAAGAGCUUUCUCCUGGAGUAUUUGAAAAUGUCCCAAGCCCUGUUGAUGAAGAAGUGAAAGUAGCUGUUAUUAGAGAUACUCUUCGUCUAGUGGACCCUCAGAAGAAAAAGAGAAAAGAUGUCCAGUGUCAGACUUUGGAGCAUGUGUCAGAAGGAAGCGAAGAGCUGUUGGGCGCAGGACCGGCAGACCGACCGGAAUACGACACUACCAAAAGUCCGGAGGCUGGCCUCCCCUCCCUUUGUCUCAAGCAAGUGUUUCCCAAGUACGCGAAGCAGUUUAACUACCUGCGACUUGUGGACAGAGUGGCCGCGCUGUUUAUCCGAUUUCUUGGUGUAAAAGGGACAACGAAGUUGGGGCCAACAGGUUUCCGAACAUUUAUAAGAAACUGCAAACUGAGUAACAGCAAUUUUUCAAUGGCUUCUGUAGAUAUCUUAUAUAUUGAUAUCACAAGAAGGUGGAACAGCAUGGGAAUAGAACACAAAGAAUCAGGAAUGUGCUUGCAAGCCUUUGUCGAAGCUUUCUUCUGCCUGGCUCAGAAAAAAUACAAGUCCCUCCCACUUCACGAGCAAGUGGCAUCGCUGAUCGAUUUCUGUGAGUAUCAGCUGGCUGCCCUGGAUGAAAGGCGCCUGGUUUGUGGCCGUGGGAUCGUGGAGCGCCGAAGUGCAGUAGUUCCUUGUCAGACAGAUGGACUGCACCUUACACCAGCUGCACAUAACCCCUCCUGAGUGGCACAACCACAGCUAGUAAAUGUGCAGGUCAUAGAAAUCAUCGCUAUUAACAGCACUAAUUCACAGAACUGAGAAUUAACCCCAGAUACCUACGUGGUACUGCAGGAGGAGAGACAGACUCUUGAAUUCCUGCAUCUGAUAGUCACAAUUACUUACUUCAGCAUUUUUCUUUACAGUCUUCAAAAAGUCUACUGCAAGCUCCCGUUCUCAAUGACCCUGGCAAUGGCUGUUUACUUCUCUGUUGGACCUACAGUACACCAUGUGUGUAUAUAGAAAAGCAGCUGUGAAGACAAGGACCAAAAUACAGAGGAUGAUAACCAGCCUCAUGGGAUUGGUUGCACUGAUCAAGAGGCACUCUCCUGUCAAAGGAAUUGCAUUGCUUUGCAUGCACUGGAUGUAUCAUGGAAACCGAGUUAGCAGAGCUGCAAUCCCAAAUACCAGUUGUAGACUUCAGAAAACUGAAACCUGGAAUUAUGUUUGUGGUCAAACUUCAGGCUUUGACCCUCUUCUUCGGGUGUCUUGGACUGUAUGUGUUGGAAUCAAUACAGAUGUGGCCAUUGUCUAUAUACUUAUUUUUUAAAGUCAGUCUUAAAACACUGAAAUCGUAUUUUGGCUUCUACUUCUUUGUACAAGUCUUUGCCAUGACAAACACUGUUAAAUUUUUAAAGAAAAACUAAAGAUGUUUAUCCUUUUGCUUCCACAGAACCAAUAAGCUUACACUUAUUCACAGAAAAAAAAUUUCAUUAAGUUGAAUCUGGUGAAUCAAGUGGUGGUUUUGUCUUCAGGUACUAAAGACUGCUUCUGCAAAAAGCUUUACAGUGUAGAGGCCUAAGAGUUCAUUUCAGUUCCAGUGAAACCAGCCCUGUCACUGACUUUAGGCUAAACUAAUUGUAUUCUACGUUUGCUUAUUUUUUUGCCUUUUGCGUGUUUGUUACCCUAUAUUGGCCUGCAGUAACAUGUAGAGCAGAAUUUUUUGUCUUUGCACAUAUUCUUCUUUUUUUCCCUUAAAUAACAGUAUAACUCUGUACAAAUUAGAUUUACACUAUUCAAUGGGAUAUUUUGUCAAGAAUGCUGGACUAGACCGCUGGAGUUGUACAGAGUAGUCUUUAUUUUUCAAGAAAUUAACCAUGACUGCCAUAAUCACUCACAUCUUGGGGGGCCUAAGCAGAACAUGGCACUGGCUGAAAGGACAUGAGCACCUUGGAACUUCAGGGCUGUUCGGUCAAAUUGUUUUCAGUCUCGUAUUUUAUUACAAGAAUAUAUGUCUACACCUGA